GUCCCAUAAAACAAUAAAAUAUCAGAAUUAUCCAGAAAAGUUUAUAAAUAUCCCCUCGACCCCCUCCGGUCUCUCAGAGAUUUGAUUUUGAUUUAAGCUAAAAAAAAAAAAACGCAAGAAAGAAGACGAAGAACUCCGAAGAAGAAGAUAUACCAAAUCAAUCCCAAUCCCAAUCGAUGUCUGUUAAUGAACAAACCGGAACCGAUACAUCAUCAAAGAAGAGGAAAGCUAGGGCACGAGCAGACGGCAAGACGGUGGCUGAUAGGCUAAAGCAAUGGAAAGAUCACAACGAAGGAGAGGAGAGCAAACCGAGAGGGAAAGUUCACGCGAAGGGCUCAAAGAAAGGUUGUAUGAAAGGCAAAGGAGGACCGGAGAAUACUAAGUGUAGUUUCAGAGGAGUUAGACAAAGGGUUUGGGGUAAAUGGGUUGCUGAGAUUCGGGAGCCUAAUAGAGUGAGUCGCCUUUGGCUUGGGACUUUCCCUACGGCUGAAGAAGCUGCUUGUGCUUAUGAUGAAGCGGCUAAGGUUAUGUACGGUUCGUCUGCUAGGCUUAACUUCCCUUGCUCUGAGGUUGCCACCACGUCGAGUCAGUCUGAGGUGUGUACGGUGGAGGAUAAGGGGGUUGUUGGUGGUGGUGAUGUUUGUGUGAAGCGAGAGGAUGGUGAUUGUGAGUCUAGAGCAGUUAGUCAGAUUGUAGAUGUUAAGGAAAGCUGUGGUGAUAGUAGGGUGCAGGACACUAGUGUGGAUGAACGUCGAGAUGUUGUGAAUAGCAGGCUGAGUUCUUACUUGCUGGAUGAGUUUGAGUUGGAUUAUCAGAGCAGGCUAACGAAGGAGUUGGAGGAACCGAAGGAAGAGGAAGAUGAAGUGAUACAGCCGCAGCCGCAGCCGCAGCCGGAGCUUACUGUUGCGGAUUAUGGUUGGCCUAAUGAUAUGCAAAACAGUGUUGCGGAUUAUGAUUGGCCUAAUGAUAUGCAAAACGAACCGGGUUUUUGGGAUCAGGAUGAUCUUUUUGAUGUUGAUGAACUCCUUGGUGAUCUGGAUGUAGACCUGCUAACCGGUACUGAUCCAUCCCAAAACCAGAACCAAGAGCAGGUACACCCUGGUGGUAAUGAUUCACAUCCUUUUCUGCUGGAGCCACACAAUGACAUUUGCCAAAACCAAGAGCAGGUACAGCCUGAUGGUGAUGAUUCACAUCCUUUUCAGUUGGAGCCACGCGACGAUCCUUGCCAAAACCAAGACCAUGUACAGCCUGGUGGUGAUGAUUCGCAUCCUCUUGAUCUGGAGCCACACGAUGGUCACGAGUUCUUUGACUUGAGUUUUCUGGAUCUUUGAGAGUUCAGAGGCGAUGAAUGGGUUUGCGAGACUGCAAUAGAAUCUCUGUAUUUGAUCAAUGCAUUAGCAACAAGAGAUGCGUGUUAUUGAUCUGGUUUCAAAAUGAAAAAGUAUAAUAACUUCCUAGUCUUUACUCUUUUCCUUGGAUCAAUGGGUGUUGAAUCUCA